AUGUCAGCUUCCGGUGCAAAUACUACUGAUGUGGCUCUUCUCAUACAUGUUAAAAUACUGUUCGUACAAUACUGGUCAUAUUCGAUGAUAUCUCUUGGUCUAGUUGGCCAUACAUUCAAUAUUUAUGUUUUUACCCGACCAUCUCUGCGAUCAAAUCCGUGUACACGCUACUUCUUAGCAUCUACGAUAUGUGGCAUAUUUAUUAUAUUUGUAAACACUCCGUUGCGUCUUAUGACAGCUGCGUAUGGUAUUCAGGUAUUUGGAUAUUCUGUAGUCACAUGCAAAUUACUUACUUAUCUUCUGUUUUGGUCGAGGACACUACCAUCUUGGUUUAUUGCACUGGCUUCCAUCGAUCGAUUCCUCUGUAGUUCACGGUCCGUUUCUUUGCGAACAUGGAGUUCUCUUCGAGUUGCUUGUUGGGCUAAUCUGAUUACGACUAUUGUCGUUGGGCUAGCGUACAUUUAUGUUCUUUUCGAUUAUACAACUUUACCAGGAAGUGCUGGAUGCUCCCUGGCUCAAGGCUCUGCUCGAAGUUUUAAUGGCAUUUGGAAUUUAAUCAUAUUUAGCUUAGGUCCACCAUUGAUCAUGUUGUAUUUCGGGUCACUCACCAUUCGUCACCUUCGACAGUCAGCAAAACAAGUUCAACUUCAGAACAACCAGANGGAAUACGUAUCUAUGAUCAAUCAGGGACAAUUCUCUUGGGUAAUUGGUCAUUAA